CCGUGUAAAUACGGCUCUGCUACGAAUGGCCGAUAUCUAUACAGUUGGAAGGUGCAGAGAAAUGUGUCCACUAGCAGAGGCAGAGAAGAGGAAAUUUGAAGGAAGAGUACACGUGUUGGAGAUGAUACAAAACAAGGACACCAAUUCUUCAAAUAUGGUGAAGGAAUAUAGACGGUCUGCUGCUGGCAGAGAGUUAUGUAAUCCAGAUGAAUUGAGGCCUCUCGAAGUACUGCAAACGACAAUGGAGCAUCUGCUAAAACAGAUCUUACCAAGAGAAGAUAUUUCAACGAACCAGUUACACUUGUUUAUAGAAGAUAGGAUGAGAAGCAUUUUGCAGGACAUCACAAUCCAGAGACUUUGCUGUGUUCAGUCACUUGGGAUUGUGAGACACUGUUUUGACUAUUUUGUAUCUUCUGAAUAUAGCCUUCAAUCGUCAUCUCAUGCCACAUCUGGCUUGACCCAGCAGUGUGGCCACCAACUACUUGAUUUGUACUCUCAACAUUAUGAUAUCAUGAUAGAAAGAGCAACAUGGGCUGAGGCAGCUUCAUUUCAGGAGAACCGAGCAGAGUUUACAGCUUGCUUCUUCCUCUAUAACCUCGAUCAUGUGCAAGUUGGUUCUGGUGUCCUCUCACUCCCUCAAGAGAUAAGAUACCAUCAUCUUGUUCAGCAGUCAUGGCAUGUCUACCUUGCUCAUAUGCACAACAAUUAUGUUCGAUUUUUCCAGCUUGUCCAGCGACUUUCACAUUUGCUGGCAUGUGCUGUACACCGGCAUGUCAUUGACAUGAGGAAGAGAGCUUUGAAGGUCAUAUGUAUAGCCUACAGUUCAAGAAACAGCCGAUUUCCUCUUGGUCAGCUGUCCAGAAUUCUGGCCAUAAAUUCUACUGAAGAUACAGCUUCUCUAUGUGCACUUCACGGCAUCAAGACAGAGGACGGUUUUGCACUGCUGACCAAAACAUCCUUCCAAAAAGCAACCAAAACGGAACCUGGAAAUAUGUUAAUGUGUGAUAUUACUUGUACACAUAUGAACAUGGACAGACACCUGUACAGAGUAAAUAGAGACCAAACGUCAGGAGUGAAAGUAAAUGAAGAAGUUGCAACCAUAUGGAAUGACAUAAAGAUCGGGCACAAGUACAAGCUUGCCACAUUCAAAAUGAACGACGAUAGUACGGAGAUCGUACUCGAUGAAUUGUUCGAGACGGCAGACUAUGAACAGUUCGUAGCGGUGUGUAAAGAGGGAGAAUGUCGGUACGUUGUCUUCGAUUUUCACUUUGAACUUCCAGACGGUGGCAAGAGAGAAAAGCUUAUCUUUGUCGUGUGGGUUCCUGACAAUUGUAAAGUCAAGCCUAAGAUGCUUUAUGCAUCUAGCAAAGAUGCAAUCAAAGCCAAAUUUAAUGGUCUACAGCUCGAGGUGCAAGCAAAUGGGAGAGAUGAUGUGUUGUUUGAAACUAUCCUUGAAAAAUGUAAGAAAAAGUAGACCGUGCAAGGGAGCCAUGGAUUCUGACUGUCUCAGCAUUAGACUUACUGGUUUUUUUGUGUUUGCAUGAAUUAUGUGUAGUAUUAGGUUGUAGUAGUGCUGACACAAGGAUGUUUGGGUGUCCUAUCCAAGUUUAGAGUUUGCUGCUCGAACAUCACGUAUUUUGUGAGAAUCACGACUAAGAAUAGUAUAAGCUUUAGCUUGA